UUUUCUUAUCUCCAUUUGCUUUAUUUGUUUUCUCUCUUUUAAAUUACAGAAAACAAAUGAAAAUAAUUCAUAUAACGUGGAGCAACAAAUUGAGACCAGCUCAAAAGACACGUCCUUUUUUGCGUUACUAUUAUUCUCCUCCUUUCUCUCCAAUUAUUCUCUGAGCUGUAAUAACAUAAACAAAAAAAAGAUUCUCUCGAUCAAACUUGCCGGCGUCCAUGGAAGAUUUCGGCCGUCAACGACCAUACGGAGACGGAGGGAUGCAGAUCCAGCCUUACCACGGUAAUCAAGGCGGUGAUUUCAGGAGCUAUAGCGCAUCGUACGGGACGAGGGAGAACAAUAUAUACGAUGUGAAAAAGGAGAAAUCGAUAGCAAGAUCCAAGUCUUGGGGAAUAACGGAUCCGGAGCUCCAGAGGAAGAAACGGGUCGCGAGUUAUAAGAUGUAUGGUGUUGAAGGCAAAGUCAAAGGCUCUUUUAGAAACAGUUUCAGAUGGCUUAAGCAGAGGUACACACAGGUCGUCUAUGGUUGGUGGUGAUUCUUUUUUCAUCUUUUUCUAUAAUUUUUACUUUUUUACUUUGUUUUUCUUCUUCUUGAGCUUUGUUUUGAAUUUUGAUUUUCUCAAGUAAUUAUGAUUGUGCUCUCUCUCUCUCUUUCUUAUGUAUCUUUGUGUUUGUGUGUUGUAAUCUUGAAUGUAACUGUGGUGGCUUCAUCGCAACAAAAUUAUAUAUGAUCAUUUAUUAGUUUCAAAAAGUAUGAAUCUUUUGUACUCAGAAAUUAGGUUCGAUGGAGAAUCUUCUUGUUUGAUGCUCUUUGCUAAGAUUAUUAGUUUUCUAAAGUCUUGUUCAAAAUAGAUUGUGAAACGGUCUCUUGUUUCCUCCAUCCAAUAUCAUGCCAUGAUCCAUACUUGCUUGGUUUAUCAUCUCUAUUGUAUACAAUUAGGUUUUGACAUGGUUGAGUUUUUGUGAUUGGCUUGUU